AGACGUCUGGGCAGCCCCAGCGCAACGCGCAGCAGCCUCCCUCUUCUUCCUGCACUGUGCGCUCCUCCUGGGCUAGGGCGUCUGGAGCGUGUCGCGGAGGCUUUCGCCUCCCAGACAGACGACGGGUCACCGGGACGCGCGCCUGAGUCCGGGGCGUACCUUGCGGACGCAGUCACCAGGCACGACCGUAGGACUCAGUCGAUCUCGGAUUAAUCCCGGAGAGCCAGAGCCAACCUCGCCGGGUUAGAGAUGCGACCCUCGGGGACCGCGAGAACCGUGCUGCUGGUGCUGCUGGCCGCGCUGUGCGCCGCAGGUGGGGCGCUGGAGGAAAAGAAAGUUUGCCAAGGCACAAGUAACAGGCUCACCCAAUUGGGCACUUUUGAAGACCACUUUCUGAGCCUGCAGAGGAUGUUCAACAACUGUGAAGUGGUCCUUGGGAACUUGGAAAUUACCUAUGUGCAAAGGAAUUAUGACCUUUCCUUCUUAAAGACCAUCCAGGAGGUGGCUGGCUAUGUGCUCAUUGCCCUCAACACCGUGGAGAGGAUCCCUUUGGAGAACUUGCAGAUAAUCAGGGGAAAUGCUCUCUAUGAAAACACCUAUGCCUUAGCUGUCCUAUCCAACUAUGGGACAAACAAAACUGGGCUUAAGGAACUGCCCAUGCGGAACUUACAGGAAAUCCUGACUGGUGCCGUGCGAUUCAGCAACAACCCCAUCCUCUGCAACAUGGAGACUAUCCAGUGGAGGGACAUCGUCCACAACGUCUUUCUGAGCAACAUGUCAAUGGACUUACAGAGCCACCUGAGCAGCUGCCCCAAAUGUGAUCCAAGCUGUCCCAAUGGAAGCUGCUGGGGAGGAGGAGAGGAAAACUGCCAGAAAUUGACCAAAAUCAUCUGUGCCCAGCAAUGUUCCCGGCGUUGUCGUGGUAGGUCCCCCAGUGACUGCUGCCACAACCAGUGUGCCGCAGGAUGUACGGGUCCCCGAGAGAGUGACUGUCUGGUCUGCCACAAGUUCAGAGAUGAAGCCACAUGCAAAGACACCUGCCCACCACUCAUGCUGUACAACCCCACCACAUAUCAGAUGGAUAUUAACCCUGAGGGGAAGUACAGCUUUGGUGCCACCUGUGUGAAGAAGUGCCCCCGAAACUAUGUGGUGACAGAUCACGGCUCAUGUGUCCGGGCUUGUGGGCCUGACUACUACGAAGUGGAAGAAGAUGGCGUCAGCAAGUGUAAAAAAUGCGAUGGGCCCUGUCGCAAAGUUUGUAAUGGCAUAGGCAUUGGUGAAUUUAAAGACACACUCUCCAUAAAUGCCACAAACAUCAAACACUUCAAAUACUGCACUGCCAUCAGCGGAGACCUUCACAUCCUGCCUGUGGCCUUUAAGGGGGAUUCUUUCACGCGCACUCCUCCUCUACACCCACGGGAACUAGAAAUUCUAAAAACUGUAAAGGAAAUAACAGGGUUUUUGCUGAUUCAGGCUUGGCCUGAAAACUGGACUGACCUCCAUGUUUUUGAGAACCUAGAAAUAAUACGUGGCAGAACAAGGCAACAUGGUCAGUUUUCCCUGGCAGUUGUUGGCCUGAACAUAACAUCACUGGGGUUGCGUUCCCUCAAGGAGAUCAGUGAUGGCGAUGUGAUCAUUUCCGGAAACCGCAAUUUGUGCUAUGCAAACACAAUAAACUGGAAAACACUCUUCGGGACACCCAGUCAGAAAACCAAAAUCAUGAACAACAGAGCUGAGAAAGACUGCAAGGCCACUCACCACGUCUGUAAUCCUUUAUGCUCCUCGGAAGGAUGCUGGGGCCCUGAUCCCAGGGAUUGUGUCUCCUGCCAGAAUGUGAGCAGAGGCAGGGAGUGCGUGGAGAAGUGCAACAUCCUGGAGGGGGAACCAAGGGAGUUUGUGGAAAAUUCUGAAUGCAUCCAGUGCCAUCCAGAAUGUCUGCCUCAGACCAUGAACAUCACCUGUACAGGCCGGGGGCCAGACAACUGCAUCAAGUGUGCCCACUUCAUCGAUGGCCCACACUGUGUGAAGACCUGUCCGGCUGGCGUCAUGGGGGAGAACAACACCCUGGUCUGGAAGUAUGCAGAUGCCAACAAUGUCUGCCACCUCUGCCAUGCAAACUGUACCUAUGGAUGUGCUGGACCAGGUCUUCAAGGAUGUGAACCACCUGGGCCAAAGAUUCCAUCUAUCGCCACUGGGAUCGUGGGUGGCCUCCUCUUCAUAGUGGUGGUGGCCCUUGGGAUCGGCCUGUUCAUGCGAAGGCGUCACAUUGUCCGAAAGCGUACACUGCGUCGCCUGCUUCAGGAGAGAGAGCUCGUGGAGCCUCUUACACCCAGCGGAGAAGCUCCAAACCAAGCCCUCUUGAGGAUAUUAAAGGAAACAGAAUUCAAAAAGAUCAAAGUUCUGGGUUCGGGAGCAUUUGGCACAGUAUAUAAGGGUGUCUGGAUCCCAGAAGGUGAAAAAGUGAAAAUCCCUGUGGCCAUCAAGGAGUUAAGAGAAGCCACAUCUCCAAAAGCCAACAAGGAAAUCCUUGACGAAGCCUAUGUGAUGGCCAGUGUGGACAACCCUCAUGUAUGCCGCCUCCUGGGCAUCUGUCUGACCUCCACUGUCCAACUCAUUACACAACUCAUGCCCUAUGGUUGCCUCCUGGACUAUGUCCGAGAACACAAGGACAACAUUGGCUCCCAGUACCUACUCAACUGGUGUGUGCAGAUUGCAAAGGGCAUGAACUACCUGGAAGACCGGCGUUUGGUGCACCGUGACUUGGCAGCCAGGAAUGUACUAGUGAAGACACCGCAGCAUGUCAAGAUCACAGAUUUUGGGCUGGCCAAACUGCUUGGUGCUGAGGAGAAAGAAUACCAUGCAGAGGGGGGCAAAGUGCCUAUCAAGUGGAUGGCUUUGGAAUCGAUUUUACACCGAAUUUAUACGCACCAAAGCGAUGUCUGGAGCUAUGGAGUCACCGUGUGGGAACUGAUGACCUUUGGUUCCAAGCCUUAUGAUGGAAUCCCUGCAAGUGAGAUCUCAUCCAUCCUAGAGAAAGGAGAGCGCCUUCCACAGCCACCUAUCUGUACUAUCGAUGUCUACAUGAUCAUGGUCAAGUGCUGGAUGAUAGAUGCUGAUAGCCGCCCAAAGUUCCGAGAGUUGAUCAUUGAAUUCUCCAAAAUGGCCCGAGACCCACAACGCUACCUUGUUAUCCAGGGGGAUGAAAGAAUGCAUUUACCGAGCCCUACAGACUCCAACUUUUACCGAGCCCUGAUGGAUGAAGAGGACAUGGAAGAUGUAGUUGAUGCUGAUGAAUACCUUAUCCCACAGCAAGGCUUCUUCAACAGCCCGUCCACAUCACGGACUCCCCUCUUAAGUUCUCUGAGCGCAACUAGCAACAAUUCCACUGUGGCUUGCAUUAAUAGAAAUGGGAGCUGCCGUAUCAGAGACGACAUCUUUUUGCAGAGGUACAGCUCCGACCCCACUGGAGUCCUAACAGAGGACAUUGAUGACACGUUCCUGCCUGUACCUGAAUAUAUAAACGAAUCUGUUCCCAAGAGGCCAGCAGGCUCUGUGCAGAACCCUGUCUAUCACAAUCAGCCUCUGCAUCCAGCUCCUGGAAGAGACCUGCAUUAUCAAAAUCCCCACAGCAAUGCAGUGGGCAACCCUGAGUAUCUCAACACUACCCAACCUACCUGUCUCAGUAGUGGGUUUAACAGCCCUGCCCUCUGGAUCCAGAAAGGUAGCCACCAAAUGAGCCUGGACAACCCUGACUACCAGCAGGACUUCUUUCCCAAGGAAGCCAAGCCAAAUGGCAUCUUUAAGAGCCCUGCAGCUGAAAAUGCAGAGUACCUACGGGUAGCACCUCCAAGCAGUGAGUUUAUCGGGGCAUGACAUGAAGGGGCAUCAUACCUGCUAUAAAAUGUCUGGACUUUCCAGAAGCCCAGGACAAAGCCAUGGCAGCACCUUCACUCCUGACAGCCAUGCCCACAUUGUGUCAAAUGUCAAACCCUCAGACUGGUUUUAAAGCGUAACUCUGAUGGGCUUUGUCACUGAGCCAAGAAGUGGGCCCCUCCCCUAAUGCACUUUGGGAAGUUGAAGGUGCAUCUAUUGAUCUUCGAACUGUGAAGAUUCUACUAAAAGGUUUCCACCAAGAACAUUUUCCAUUGGAACAGAAGUUUGCCUCAUGGUGAGGUACAUAGGGGAAAAAACAGACACUCGGAGUUUAUUGCAUAGGGAACUUUGGGAUUCUUGUUGUCUUUGUUGAUUUGAUUCAUAAGCUCUUCCAAGAAGGAAGAAGCUUGCUUGUAGUCUCUGUUACACAGAGUUGCCUGGAGCCAACUGACCAGAUAGUUGGUUCCACCAUCUCGGCAUCAAGACACUUCCGUGGUGAGACAACUAACAAGAAGUCCUGGGUGCCCUGAGCAGGCCACACUUGUACAGCAUUAAACCAUGGCAGGUACAAUAGGAUAAGCCACUUCGUUACUUACUGGGGCUGGGAGAAGAAUAAUGACAAGGUAGAAUUUUUCCCUCAGACUUACUUUUUGUAUAAAUAUGUCCCUGGCACUUAACACAUGCUAGCUUACCAGUGUUUUCUGACUAUUAGACUUCCUUCUGUGUUUUCUGUUUCAUUGUUUUGAGUUGAGUUGUAAAUAUGCUUUCCUGUCUUCAUUUCAUGAAGUAAACAAACAACAAAAAAACCCAGUAUUACGUAUUAUCAAAGAACAACCAUGAUUCCACAUUUGAACCCAUUUGAACCGUCAGUAUUGUAACCAAAAGCCUAUAACUGAGAAGGAGUAACCAUGCAAAAAUUCAUAGAGAGAUUUAACCCAAAACCUUCGUCUCAGCGUUGCGUCUGCUGAGGCAUGUAUAUGAGACUACAGAAGUGACACUGCUCUUCAAAUCCACUUUGCCUUCACCCCUCUACACCCUAAAACUAGUGUAAGCCACACAUGGGGGAUAAAUCUUUUUUAUUUAAGGAGUGUUUACUGAAGAUAUGUUUUACCCCCUGGUAAGCUGCCACCAAACAUUUUCUUUCCCAUUUAGAAAAAUGAUCUAGGCUUCUAUGUAAUAAGGGGCAUCCCAUGGUAGCCUUAGUGUGCAGGUUCCAAGAAAGAAAAUGCUCAGAACAGAGUGGAAUUCAGUAUCUGUUUGAAAGUGGCAUGAUGAAAGUGCUCCCAAGGAUGCUUGCAGGGGGGAGGGAAUCCAACACCAAGUGAUCUCACCAUCAUCAAUGCACCCAGGUACCCAAGAUCUCCUUACAACCCAGUCAGUUAAUAGCCAUCUGUGAUAAGCAAUAUUGUAAUGAUCUCAGGAUCCAUCCCUUCCUAUUUAUCAAGUUAUGGGUAGAUGUGGACUCAUAAACACUAACCAUAAGGCAAAAUGAUGAGUGUCAGAUAAGACAUAUCAGCCAGGCACCAAGAGCCCAGACAAGUGCAUUCUGUUGGAGAGAUCUAGAAAGCUCACAAAGGAGACAAGAUUGCCCACUAUCUUCUGAGAUCUAAAGGUCAUAAGCGUCAGGAAAAUGGAAAGUAUGUUUCCUUAGAGCAGUGGUCCUCAACCGUCCUAAUGCUAUGAGCCUUUAAUUACAGUUUCUCAUGUUGUGGUGACCACUCAACCAUAGAAUUAUUUUUGUUAUUACUUCAUAAACGUAAUUUUGCUACUCUUACAAAUCACAGUGUAAAUAUCUAAUAAGCUAUCUGAUAUGUAGGCUAUCUGACAGGGAUCGCAACCCACAGGUUGAGAACCACUGCCUACAAGGCUUCAACCAAGAGAGCAGUGACCGGGGGCUUAACUAGUAAAUCAGGGGCCAGGCCAAGUCAAUCAUUGCUUGCUGCUCCCUCAGGCCUGGGGAUGAGGCCUGCAGCAUCUUCUGAGUGACCUUACUGUUAUCUACUCUUGGCUACUAUCUAUGAAAACAGACUUCAUCUAUGAAAUUAAGUAGUAAGGAGAUUAAGAAGCAUGUAUAGAGUUUGAAAUUCCAUGCCGUUGCCAGGAAAUGCCAUGCUGAUCACAGACAACACAGAAGAAACAUUUAGGUAGGAUUUUGCUCAAAAUUGAGAUACAGAAUGAGCCUGUCAGGCACCUAUCAGGGGCAGGUAACGGGUGACAGACAGCCUUUGCAAGCCAAAUUGUAGCAAUGAAACCCUAGUAUUUUUGUACUUUGAAAUACUUUCUUAUAACAAAAUAAAGUAGCAAACACUAUUCAAACUUGCUUUUCUUCUUGAAUUUAAGUGUUUAGCAUAAAGUUUCAUUGUUGUCAGGGUUAAGAAGGUGUUUGCCAGUGUGUCCUCACUGUUUGUGCAGGGAGACACGGGGCUGUGAGCACAGCAAAGCAGACCCUUUUCUGGUAGUUUUCAACCUUCCUAAUACAGUUCCCCAUGUUGUGG